ACCACUAAGCUUAGCAUCACUUUAGUCGACCGUUCGGUCAAUAGCUCGAGAGGCAUUGUGGAGGACAUGUUGGUGCGAGUAUGCAAGUUUUGCUAUCCGACUGAUUUCGUGAUUCUUGACAUAAGUUAGGACUCAGAUAUGCACUCAUGCUCGGUUGUCCCUUCCUCGCCACCGCUAAGGCAUUGAUAGAUGUUAAUGAGGGGACCUUAAUUCUGAGGGAUGAUGAGGAGAGAAUCACUCUUGAAAUUGACCCUAAGGCUAGAAGUGAGGAAGUGAAGGAAUUGAUUUCGAAUGAUUUGAAUGUGAGUGGAGGAGAGCCUCUCAUGGCGAACCCCACUAUUAUUUGUAUCGCUUGUGGUGAUGUUGAGCAGGAAGUCAAGGAGGGUACUAUGCCCAAGUAAAAGAAGAAGAACGCUUGGAGGCAAAAGAUGAAGCAAACUUUGGCCCUAAGGAAGGAGAAUUCCAAAGCUAAGUUGGUCGGCCAAGAUGGCCACCCCAUGGAGCAUAAGAUGGGAGGCUACAAGCCUCACCCCGAGAGUGUGGUGGAUUCACUCUCGGUGGCCUCACUUUCUAAGACGUGAGUGAUCCUCAACCGUCAAGCUAAUGACGAUAACUUAGCGCUUGUUGGGAGGCAACCCAACGGAGGUUUGUUUUCUUUUCCUUAUUUUCCUUUUUUGUGUCAAGUGAAGAGUUCAAGUGGUCGAGUGGUAUCCCCGUGCCAAGUUUUGUGGUUUUUCAUUUUAAGGUUGUGUUUUGAUCGAUUAGGAGGCACGGUGGAAUUGGUCGAGUCAAAAUUUUCUCAGAAGUGCCCUGUUUUCACUGCAGUUCACGGACGGAUUGCUGAAUUCACAGUCUUACAACACCGUGAACAUGCAAACGCGUCCUUGAACUGGGCGCUUCUGCAUAUUCACCACCUGUCGACCAACCACAGUUCACGGAUGGAUUUGAGUGUUCAUGGUCUCUAAGAUAAUGAACAAGCCAACAGGUC